AUGUAUCAAAAAGUUGGAACAACAACAACUUUGGACUCAGUUAAGCCCGUAAAAGAUAAAUAUGAAUUAACCAAACCGGCAUUACAGCAUGCAGCAGACAAAGGAAGCUUUACAACCUCCCCAACAGUAGUAACUACCCCACCAGCAAGUGUCACUAUUAGAGCAGAUUGUACCAGUAUAGGAGAAAUAGACCUAGUAACUGCAAACCUUCCACUACUUAUGAAACAUAAACAUUGUGGUGACCCUAUUCUUACCUACAUAAAAGCUAUAGAAAAAGAGAGAACUAGACCCACCGGUCUUAAGAAAAAGGAGUUAAAUAAUUAUUUCGAUGCUAAGUAUCUCUCUGGCCAAUUUGAGGAUUACGAGACUAAAUGUGGUAGUCGCUGUGAAGGAAUACUUAACACAAGACCAAUAAUUUUAUCUGACAACAUGAAACAAUCAGAGUUAGUGGAUAGACUGCAAUUUCUGAAGUCGAUUAAAGAACACUUUGAAACCGUUGCUUUAAUUUUUUCUGAUAUGAAGACCCUCCAAGAAUUGACAAAAUGUAUCAAAAAGUUGGAACAACAACAACUUUGGACUCAGUUAAGCCCGUAA